AUGCCCUCUUGCAUUCCCAACGCCCACCUGCCGCUCCUACAACAGGCCGAGGACGUCCGCCCGGACGUCCUCCUCCUCUCAGCCUUCCUCCUCGCCCUCCUCCGCGCCGUCCUCCUCCUCCGUGCUGCCCUGCGCCGCCACCCUCCUCCUCACCCUACUCCACCCGCGCCUGCCGCCUCCUUCGAGCCCCCCGCCUCCUUCGCGCCACCCUCCUCUCCUGCGCCGCCCGCCCUCGUCGCCCUCCUCUGUGCAGCUCACCUCCACGUCACCCACCUCCGCGCCGCCUCGUCCGCCCUCGUCGCCCGCCUCCUCCACCUCACCUCCGCCUGCGUCGCCAUGCUCCUCCGCGGUGUUGCGGCACCCACCAUCACGUCAUCUUGGCCGUCGCCUCGCCCCACCCCCCCGCCUUACCCUCCUCCGCCUGCUCCGCAUCGCCCUCCUCCGCGCGUCCCAGCCCUCCGCGUCCGCGCCGCCUGCGUCGCCCAUCUGCGCCCACGCAACCCUCCAUCUCUGCGUCCUGCGUCCCCGCGUCGCCCACCUUCGCUCACCCGCCUUUGCGUCCCCCGCCGCCACGCCGCCCGUCGCCACGUCGCCCUGUUCCGCGCCCACAUCCUCGCCCUCCUCCACGCCUACCUCCUCCGCGCCUGCCUCGCCGCGUUACCCUUCUCCGCCCACCUCACGUCCGCCCCCCGCGGAGGCCAGUUCGGAAAAGCAGCCGGCGACCACCUGGAGCAGGAAGACUAG